UAUUUUCCGUCACCCAAAAAUCAACCUUACAAGAUCAACUUAAACCUCUCAAACUCAAACCCUCCAAUGGCUUUCCACUUCCGGCGACUUUGCUUCUUCCCACCUCUUCUCGUGGUGGUUCUCCAACUUCUGCAUGGCGUCUCCGGCCAGCUUGUUGUGGUUGAGGAACCUGUCUCUGCUCCUCCGCCUCCAUUAGUUGUGGUUGAGGAACCUGUUUUUGCUCCUCCGCCUCCACUAGUCGACCAAGGUGGCAGUGAUGGCGUUGUGCCGGCACUAUUUGUCUUUGGAGACUCUCUCAUAGACAAUGGGAACAACAAUAAUAUCCCUUCCUUUGCUAAAGCCAAUUAUUUCCCUUAUGGCAUCGACUUCAAUGGCGGUCCAACCGGUCGUUUCUGCAAUGGCUUAACCAUGGUCGAUGGGAUUGCUCAACUAUUGGGGCUCCCAUUGAUUCCGGCGUACUCCGAAGCUAUCGGAGAUCAAAUGCUCCGUGGUGUCAACUACGCUUCCGCAGCCGCCGGGAUUCUUCCUGACACUGGAGGAAACUUCGUGGGGCGCAUACCGUUCGACCAGCAGAUCCAUAACUUCGAAACAACGUUAAAUCAGGUAGCGAGCAAGUCUGGUGGUGCAGUGGCCAUUGCAGACUCAGUGGCUCGAAGCUUGUUCUUCAUCGGAAUGGGAAGCAAUGACUAUCUCAACAAUUACUUGAUGCCCAAUUUCCCUACCCGUAACCAAUUCAAUGCACAACAAUUCGGCGAUCUCUUGGUUCAAAACUACGCCAAUCAGCUCACCAGGCUGUAUAAUCUAGGUGGUCGAAAAUUUGUAGUGGCUGGAGUUGGAAGAAUGGGAUGCAUUCCGAGCAUUCUUGCUCAAGGAACCGACGGUAAAUGCUCAGACGAAGUGAACCAGCUUGUUCUUCCUUUCAACACAAACGUCAAAACAAUGAUCUCUAAUCUCAACCAGAAUCUCCCCGACGCUAAAUUCAUUUACCUCGAUAUCGCUCAUAUGUUCGAAGACAUCAUCGCUAACAAAGCUAGUUAUGGGUUUACUACUUUAGACAAAGGAUGUUGUGGGAUAGGACGGAACAGAGGACAGAUCACUUGUCUUCCCUUUGAGACGCCUUGUCCUAACAGAGAUCAGUAUCUGUUUUGGGACGCUUUUCAUCCUACGGAAAAAGUUAAUCUCAUAAUGGCCAAGAAAGCGUUUGCUGGUGACCCCACGGUCGCGUUUCCUAUCAACAUUCAGCAACUGGCUAGUCUCAACUAGUAGAGACAUAGCGAUUAUGAAGCAAUCAAGAAGAAAUAUAAACUUCGUACUGUUUUUGGUCUGUUUAGUUUGUUCUUGUAACGUUUUUUGACUUUCGUUCGCAACAUUAUAAUCAA